AUGCUGCGUGCGGGCAAAAGCUUCAGCCCCGCCCCCGACACACCCACGCUUUCUGCGCUGCCCGCCAUGAUGUCUGAGGGCGCCCAACAGUCUCCGGGUACUCCGGCGGUCAUCUUGGAAGAAGGCAACUGGUAUUGUCUUUCUCUGCUUCGCUCGCGCUUCCCUCCGACCACCAGGGUGACUAAGGGCGCCGUUGCCGCCGGCGUAGAUCAGGCGGCCAUGUUUGGAGAGGGCGACGUAUUAGCGUUGUCCGGUCCGCCAAAUCAAACUCUGCCAUUUUGA